AUGACGCUCUCGAAGCACCACCGCCGCCUGAUCCGCAGCCCGGAGUUCCGGAUCCUCCACUGCUGCCUCGGCGCGACGCUGCCCCACCCGCACAUCGCCUACCUCACAACGGCGCCGGUACGGCAAAGAGGCUAUCGGGGCCGCGUCAGCGGAUUCCACGGCUUCCACGUCGCCGGCGCCGGGCUCGGCAGCAACGCCCCGAUCCGCGCCCUGGCCGGAGGGAGGUACCUCAAGAAGAAGUACAUCAAAACCUGCAACGGCGUCGUGCUCCUCGGUCCUCGCCAGCGAGAUCACAAAGAAUAG